CGCCGCUAUUUUUUCAUGGCAACAGCUUGCGGAGCGGCAACCUUCCCCACUAUAAACACCCUCCGGCGCCAGAUUAACCGGCAUUUCGUCCUCACAUUGCGUAACUCCUCUAUGCCGGCUGUCGUUUAGUUUUAUUUCUUUCAGAAGUGUAUUUUUGAGAAGGUAAACACGGGAUAUGGUUGAUAAUAAAGCGCAGGCUUCACGUUCUGAUAGGCAGCAGGUUUAAAGAGCCUCACAGGGGGCAGAGAGGGUUGAUCUGCUGGGCGUGAAUGACAGAAGGGAGACCGGAGAUCCGAUCGUUUUGCUAUGUGCCUGUUGUGUGUGAAUAAUGCACAGUGAUGGUGCCUUCUCAGACCCAUGUGAUGCUCAAGUGGCAAGAGCACCUGAACAGCUCCUGGGCGGCGGAGGACAGUGUUCAGACUGCCACACGGCAUGGAGCGGCUGCUCUCUAUGCAAAACUGCUCUACAACAAGGAGGUUGUAGGAUUGGCCCAGCCGGUGCAAGACCUAAUGGGUCCACGCUUGCCUGACUUCCAGUACGAAUCCAGCGCUGAGGAGGAGAAGGAGGAAUACCUAUCUGCGCUCCUCCACAGUCAGAGAUGCCUGGCUCAUCGCAUGCUAGCAAGGACCCCCUUUGCUCUUUCCCUCCACCACAGGCUGGUGAUCCUCCAGAGGGUGUUUUACGCCCUCCAUAGCAAAUAUCAUGACCGAUUCAGAGCACCACUACCUCCCCAAACCUCAUCCUCCAGUGCCGAAGGGGGUGCCCUGGAGUCGGUGUCUGAGCCUUGGCCAACAGGAAGCUCCCGUUCCAAGACUGGCACUGACGUCCUUAUUGAAAUGGGGGUCAGAACUGGCUUGAGUCUCCUUUUCGCACUUUUAAGGCAGAGUUGGCAGCGGGGUCGUCUUGAGAAUCCACCGGAUGUUGCUUUGUGUAAUGAGGUAUUGGCCACCGCAUCUUCAGUCCUGGCCGCCUUGCCUCCCCUUUCCUUGGCCAACGAGAACAAGAUACCAACAGUGGGGCUUGACUGUCUUGCGCAAGUUGGGGACUUCCUGAAGAAGACUGCAGUCAGUGGGUCUGGGGCGGACCGGGCGGGUCGCAGGCUUGCCCUCGAGCUCCUCCUUUCGCUAGCUUUACAAAGGGGGUCCUUGCGCUUCCUUCUGGAGUGGGUGGAGGUAGCAUUGGCCGCCUCUGCUUCUUCCAACACCUCUGAGACAGUUGGAGUGGGCUACGAGCUGAUUCAUCAAACCCUACAACAGAUGCGCCAGCACACGGCUGUUCGUGGUGAAUCCGUCAAUACUCAGGUGCUGAAGAAAGAUGCAGACGGACUCUGCAGCCUCUCGCAUGUUGCUCUCUGCCUUUUCGAAGAGAUAUGCACUCUGGCCUCCAACUGCUUGUGCUCAUGCAGCGCAGGCUCUUCCUCUUCCUCCGGCUCGGAGAACGAUACAGUCAUGGUGUAUGUGUGGGGCAGCAACAGCAGCCAUCAGCUCGCCGAGGGAACGCUGGAGAAGAUAUUACAGCCCAAACUAGCUCAGGGCUUCAGCGACGCACAAAUGAUUGAGGCAGGCCAGUACUGCACGUUCUCUGUAUCCGCUGAUGGGGCAGUGAAGGCUUGUGGGAAGGGUAGUUAUGGCCGGUUGGGACUUGGAGACUCUAAUAACCAGUCCAUGCCCAAAAAGCUGGUUCUAGAGCCUCCGCGCACCAUGAGGAAAGUGUCGUCUUCUAAAGGGUCAGACGGACAUACGUUGGCCGUCACAGCGGAAGGAGAGGUGUUUAGCUGGGGAGAUGGAGAUUAUGGCAAACUGGGCCACGGGAACAGUGCCACACAGAAAUACCCCAAGAUUAUACAAGGCCCUCUAUUGGGAAAGGUGGUGGUGUGUGUGUCUGCUGGAUACAGACACAGCGCUGCAGUGACUAAUGAUGGAGAGCUGUACACCUGGGGGGAAGGAGACUUCGGUCGACUCGGUCACAGUGACAGUCACAGUCGCAAUGUGCCAACUCUUGUGAAGGACAUUAGCGGGGUCGGGCAGGUGGCCUGUGGAAGCUCACACACCAUCGCUGUGGCUCAGGACGGACGAAUCGUCUGGUCAUUUGGAGGAGGAGACAACGGUAAACUGGGACAUGGAGACACAAACCGUGUGUACAGGCCUAAAGUGAUAGAAGCCCUGCAUGGCUUCAUUAUCAGGAAAGUGUGUGCAGGUAGCCAGUCGUCACUGGCUUUGACAUCUGCUGGCCAGGUGUUUGCGUGGGGCUGCGGCUCGUGUCUCGGCUGCGGCUCAUCUGAAACCACAUCGCUCAGACCUCGACUGAUAGAAGAGCUCAGCAUCACUAAAAUCAUCGACAUUUCAUGUGGAGACAGCCAUUGUCUCGCUUUGUCUCAUGAAAAUGAGGUGUUUGCUUGGGGCAACAAUGCCAUGGGUCAGUGUGGGCAGGGCCACACCUCAACGCCUGUCACCAAACCCAAAAAGGUGAUUGGUCUAGAAGGAGUGUCAAUCCAGCAGAUCACAGCAGGCACCUCCCACAGCCUGGCCUGGACUGCUGUUCCUACAGACAGGCAGCUGGUGGCUUGGCACAGGCCGUUUUGUGUGGAUCUCGAGGAGAGCACCUUUACGUAUCUGCGCAGUUUUCUGGAGCGUUACUGCGACAGUAUCAGCGGAGACACACCGCCUGCACCUUUCCCCUCUAAGAGGGAACAUCACCAGUUUGUGUUGUUGUGUAUGAAACUGUUGUCUAUCCACCUGUCGCUGGCACAUGCCGGCGGGACGGGGGCCACAGUGCUGGGUGCUCAGGGUCGUCCCCUUAGGAACCUGCUCUUCAGACUCAUCGACUCCAAUGUACCGGAAUCCAUACAACAGGCAGUAAUAAGCACGCUGUCUAUGGGAGCAUCUCUGUUGCUGCCUCCUCUCAGGGAGAGAACGGAGUUGCUGCACUCGCUCUUACCUCAGGGCCCGGAGAGCUGGGAGAGCCUCUCUAAAGGACAGCGUCUGCAGCUGGAUAUGGUGCUAAACAGCCUGCAGGAACAGAGUCACGUGGCAUCUCUGUUGGGAUACAGCUCUCCUGGGGAGUUGAGUGCAGGUCUGGCGCUGCCACCAACCCCUGACCGUCCCACUGGAAGCGUCAGCUCAAACUCAGAAUCUCCAGACCACCUUCACCUGGCUGAAGUCCUACUGAAGACCUUACUGCUCAGCAUCGGCUUCUAUACAGAGCGUGCAUUUGGGGAACUGGAGAAGAACAGUGAUAAACAGCGUUUCAGUCAAUCCCAGAAACAGACGGAGGCUCCAUCCCACUUCCACCACCUACUGUCAGCCCUUCACAGACACCUGCUGGCCCACUGCUACAUCCACACAGGCGCUGAGGAUGACAGCAGUGUGCUGCUGCUUCAUAAACACCUGUGUCUGCUGCUGCCGUACGCUGCUGAGACCUUUAGGAGAUCCACCAUUCUGCUGGAGGAGAGCACACUGGACAAACACGUUAUCAACAAAUUACACACGGUGCUGUUUGGUUCAGUUGCUGGCAGUCUGCUUUGUCAGGUGAUGUACUCUCUCCUUCUGCUGCCAUUGGCUGUGGUCAAACCUCUCCUUCCUCAUCUGCUCACUCUGCUGGAACAUCUCAAUGAGCUCAACUGUUACCUGCCCAACACUGCACACCUGGAGGACAUGGAGCUGGAAGGAAACUUACAGGAACCAUCUGAAAUCUCUGAGCCAGUCGUGGUGGAAGAAUCAGAUGAUUGGGCGUGGCUUUUAGAUCUAGAAAGAUCUGUGGCUCUUGCCAUUGGGCGGUGUCUGGGAGGGAUGCUACAAGGCCCGCCUCCUUCCAUCCAGGAGAAGACUGCAGAGUUCUGGCUGUGUAACCCACUUCUGAGAAAUGGGCUGGAGAUUGACUUUGAACAGCUGGAUUGGGCAAUGGGUUGGCUGACUGAGGCUGUUUUCAUGGGUUGUGGGGACGUUAGACUAGCCGAGCUUCGCUUGUCAGAAGAAAACACAACGCUGGUGGAACUAGCUCUCGGCUCCCCAAGAGAACCUGCCAGCGCCCUCUGGAGGAAGAUGAAGGAGUACGCAGCCACUAGAGACUGGGACAGUAGUGGAUCAGUGGGCGACUCUCUGUUAGAAACGGCCUGUCGCUGUAGUUUGGCUGCUUUACUCAAACACUCCGGCCUUCAUGAGGCCUACUGGCAAGACAAAUAUGAGCCCUGCGAGGUGCUGAUUGAAAUAUAUCAGGUGGUGUAUAAAAUCCGCAACACGCUGAUGGCCUAUAAAGAGAGCAUAGGAAACACAACCAGUGCCCAAGCACCAUCUUCCACCAAACAGGCUUCAUUAGGCUCUCAGAGUCCCAGCGAGGAGAGGCAGGAGUCAGGAAGUUCAGGAGAGCAGACGGGAAGAGAUGCUGAAUUCAGCAGUCAGACGCCUCAAGCAGCCGAACACAACCAGGACGAUCCCUUAGAGGAGGAGACGCCCAGCAUCAGCAGUAUGUACCUGCCGGAAGUGCUGCAGUGUUUUCUGGCCACUCGUGAAGCCAUGCAGCUCCAGCAGAACGAGACUGUGUACGAGUCGUCUGGCACCAGCACAUUACCCAGCAGCACCGAGAGCCCUGGAACACCAGACCGAGAGCCUUCACAGCGGCCCUGGGACCACCACAGCACCUCCGAUCAGGGCUUGCCCUUCCCCGCCGCCUGUCACUUGCUAGUGUCACGCUGCCUCUUUUUGCUGCUGGGAGUCCGAGCCGCCUGGCAGGAGGAGAGCAUGUCUUCACAGACGCCCACCGAGAGCAGCUUGGCCAGAUCUCCAGCCUACUAUGAAGCCUUAGGUGCAAAGAUGGAGUUGCAGUCCUCCUCUGAGAGAAGAUUUAGUGAGAGAGAGAUACCAGAUCAAUCUAAAAGCUCCUCAGGGUCUUUCAAGAAUAAAAUGGGUCUUCCUCUUUGCUCUUUGGGCAUCAUGAAAGAUGCUUGGGAACGACUGCGCCAGUGCAUCAGUCCUACCACCGUGUUGUACCCAGGCGGAGGUGGCACACCCAUCUUGGCACAGGUCUUCCAUUUUCUUUGUGGGAGCCUCCUGCGAACCUCCUCUCUGAUGGACAAGGAUGGAGGCACACACGCUGAUCCUAAAGCCAUUACCGUAGCCAUGGCACAGCAACACCAAAGAGCUCAGGUUCGCUUGGAGGCCUUGUGUCAGAUUUCCUCGUUCCUGUCAGAAAUGGAGGAAAAGAGUGUUAGCUCUCUAGCGCCUCCACGUUUUCCAGGCCUCCUGCAAUCGGUGCAGCUGCAGUUCCUCUCAGGCUGCUUUGGCCUGGGAGCCCCAAUUACCGGCAGUUUAGCAGCUCCUAACAACAAAAUUCAUCAUUACACCGCUGGGACUCAGUCGGCUCCUAUCAGUGUUCAGAGAGAGCUACAGUGUGCAGCUCAUAUGCUCUAUCAGCAGCUGGUGCGUGUGCUCAGGCAGAAGGUGGCUCUAGAGAGAGAGCAGGCAGGUUCUUAUCAGCAUCUGCUGUUGGCCACAGUCUUUGCUCUGAAUUUCCACUAUCAGCCGGUGGAUCUGGUGGUGAUUAUUAAAUGUGGCGUCCUGGAGAUCUUGUCCACGCUGACUGAUAACACCUGUGUGCUGGUGAACCAGCGCUGGCUCGCAGCCUCCAUGUCCGGACACAUGCAGCUCGGUGGAGCCGUCAAACUGGCCGCUGCCAGACUCCUGCAGAUCUUCGCCAUUGCCGCCAGUUCCUGUGAAGAAGCCUUGCCGCUGGACGUGUCUCAGGCUCUCAUGGAUGUGAUGAGCGAGCAGCUGCAGGGUUUGUUACAUGCAGUUCACCAGCAGGAGGUGCUUGAGAGGAACUCUACGGAGAGCAUCCCAGAAGAAACACCCAAACAAGAAAUUGCAGAUGUGGUUCGCAGUAGCAGCAGCAGGGUUGUGGAGUCCCAGCUUGCUGAUUUUCUGGUCUUUCUAAGGCGUAUUUUGUCAUUAAGGGUCGCCAAAAGAGUGUCUGCAUUUGUCAAGUGGAUUGAUCCACUGAUGACGGUUAUCUCUUACAAAUGCAGCUCGGGAAAUCCACGUUUCUACAAUCUGAGGACAAAGCUGCUGGCCUUCCACAUUCUAGAAGCUCUUCUGCCGGCCUGUGCGGACCCUGUCAUCAUGAAACAGAUCGUGGAUCAAUUAUUUAGCCUUUUGUCCACGUACAUGUGGGAAGAACCUGUCGCUCUGAGAAAAGCUGUAGAUAAAGAGAGAACUGAAAGCUCCGAAAAGGACAGUGGUAGUGAAGAUGAAUGUAUUCCCAUUGGUGAUUUCUCUUUUGAUCCCCAUAAACUGAUCUGUUGUUCUCUGGAGAGUGGGAAUGUUCUUUCUCAUGGAUCUGGUGGAAAAGGAUACGGUUUGGCCACCACCGCCAUCACAUCUGGAUGCUUCAUCUGGAAGUUUUAUAUCACUAAGGAGAACAGAGGAAAUGAGGGGACGUGUAUCGGGGUGUCCCGAUGGCCCAUCCGAGACUACAACCAUCGCACCACUACAGACAUGUGGCUGUACAGGGCCUACAGCGGCAGCCUGUAUCAUGGAGGAGAACUGGGUCGAGCCCUGCCCUCCUUCACACAGGGCGACACCAUCACCUGCAUCCUGGACAUGGAGGCUCGAACCAUCUCCUUCGCCAAGAACAACAGGGAGCCCAAGUUGGCAUUUGAAGGAGUGGAUGCCACUGAGCUUUACCCGUGUGUUCUCUUUUACAGCAGUAACCCAGGAGAAAAGGUGGCGCUAUGUGACCUGCAGAUGCGCGGGAUGCCCAGUGAUCUUCUGCCAGGAGAGCCGCUGUGCAGCCCAAGGGCCACAGUUCUGCUGGAGUCCACCAUUCAGCUGCUCAGAAGACUGUAUGUGAACGAUGACUGGCUUCAGCAUAUAAACCAGCACAUGCUAAAUAAACUACAGCUCAUCAACCCGCUCAUGAGGGACGGACACAGCAAAAUGGGUCAAGCCAGUAAGGAGUCUGAUGAGAAAUGUGGGCUGAACAGAGAGAGGGCUUCAGCUUGGGCAGACGUGGGUUCCUCCUCAGACCACCUCUCGGGCCCGGCGGGUCUCUCUGAUGCACAGCUCAGCGUCCUGUGCUGUGAGGUCUGGCCUGUCAUGGCUCUUAUCGGAGGGGUGGACAGCGGCCUUCGUGCUGGAGGAACCUGCCUGCACAAAUCCAGCGGCCGACGAGCCACACUGCUCGGGGUCUUGAAAGAGGGAAGCCCCCUGGCCAAACUGCAGUGGGAGGAGACAGACUUCACUGUGAGCUUCCUGAAUUCUUGGUCACCCAGCGACACUCCUCUGUCCUCCCUGGAGCCGUGUGACGUCCCGCAGAUGGACAUGUCCCGCUGCUGUGGACUCAAGCCCUCUGUGUUGUUCGACCUCAUCCUGAUGACUGGCAUCUUGGAAGAACAGGAGCCCCCCUCUACAUCAUCCGGGAUGCAACGAAACCGGAUCAGCUCAGAAGGUGGCCCACGUAAUGAACUGGAGAGACGUUUGGAUGAGGAUAUUGCUCGUAUUAUUAUGGACGAGGAGAGCAUGAGCUGUCCGGUGGAUGAGGAUCGAAAUAAAGUAGAGGACAGAAGAGAUGAGAACCAAGAGGACACGUUCAGACCCCUUAUAAAGUCCACCGAAUCAACAUGUGCACCAAUACUCGCGCCUCAACCGAGAGCGGACUUUUUUGCAUUGGAACUACGCGCAGUUCGCAUUUCCUACCUCCUGUUGGGGGCGCUAAAAUCCCUGGCUGUCAUUUUGAGCUGCGGGAAGUUCACUGAUCUCCUCCUGGUUCCCAAAUCAGACGCGGUGGUGAAUGUAACAAGCCCUGACCCAGCGAGGACCUCUGCUGUUGGGGAGGAGAAUGCCGAGUUGCGCUCUGUGCUGCAGUUUGUGGUUCGGAGCAUGGUGAAGUGGGCCGUCAGACCCUGUCCUAUCAAACAGGCCAUGGCUUUAUCUGACCUGGAGAGGGCCCAGAUUAUCAUCUUUAAAGGAGCGCUGAGCAGAUUGCAAGAGGAUGGGAGCAAAGAACACAAAGAUUCUGGGACUCACUCUUCCUCUCAGCCGGUGUCCAAGUCCUCCAGUUCAGUCUCUCUUUACAGCAAUGGCUCUGAGGGCACAGCCAUCUUCGGCCAAUCAGCUUCACCCUCCACCAAUGACCUCACAGCCUCCCUCCUUACUGCCCUGCAGGCGGAUGGACUGGAGAACUUCAACCCGUUCCUGCCCAUCAACCUGCUGCAGCGGAUGGUUCUGGCUCGUUUCCCCACACUGGCAGGUCUGGUCCACAGUCCGGUUCUUCCUCCGGGCCUCAGUCUGACCAGCUCUGCGUCCUGUGAGGGCUUCACUGAGCAGCAGACCAGCUUUCUGGAGCCCUGCGGUCAGACCAGGACCCCCGUGGAACAGCCCCAAAUGUUUGUCCCAGUUCGAUUGCUUGAAAUGGGCUUCUCAAUGAGACACAUCUACAGGGCCAUGGAGGCGGCAGGAGUGACGGGUGAGGUGGACUCGCGCACCAUUGAGGUGUUGGCGAGCUGGAUGCUGGAGCACCCCAUUGCAGAGGAGCAGCAGGCAGGAGAGGGUUCAUCUACAGGGGGCGCCACUGAUACACCCUCAUCUGAAGGGCCCGAGACGGUCCAGUGCCCUGAGUCCCCUGCACCUCUGACCCUGCAGGACAGCCGUGAACCUAACGAUAGUCUGUUAGCAGGUUUGGACCUGGUGGAGAGAGAGAACUUUUUAGAUGUUCACCUCACCAGAAACAGACCUCCACCUGCACGGAGACAGCGGUCUGGAGUAGGACAAAGAACGUCCUUUAGGAGAGCAGACUCCCCGUCACCCAGUCCUGUUCCAGCGCUGUACAGACAGGAGGUUGGAGUGGCGGAAUGGCCGGAGAGGGCUGAAACGCACCCGUUUGCUGCUGAAGAAGACUCCGAGCUGGGCUACAUGGAUGAUCCAUACCAGGAGGAGCCCUACGAGGAGCUGCUUACCCCAGAGUUCAUCACCUCUGAGAGGGACACACUCUGGAUGGUAGAGGGAAGAGAAGAGCACCCAGAGCCACAUGAGAUGGUGGAGUGUGAGCUGUGUAACACACUCACCCUGCAGUUCAACAACCACAUGAAGCGCCAUCACCCAGGCUGUGGUCAGAGCGCCGGCCGCAGGGGUUACCGCAGCAACGGGGCCUAUGUGGACGGCUGGUUCGGCGGUGAAUGUGGAUCCGGCAGCCCAUACUACCUCCUGUGCAGUACAUGCAGGGAAAAGUAUCUGGCCUUAAACAUGGGAGUUAUGAGCUCCAAACAGGACAGGGCAAAAGGUUUGGUGUCUGAUCUGAUUGGUCAAUUGGACAGUACAUCAGAAGAUGAAUGGGAUCCAGUUAACCAGGAGGACUCCGACUCAGACCGGCUCACAGGUUUGGAGGAUUUCGGGAUUCUCCUGAGGCCUUUGGGUCUGAGUGAGAAGAAGCCUGUGCCUGAACCCAUUCCGUUCACUGAGCACGACCCACUCGGAGCCCUCGUGAGCGGAGCAGGCAGUGGAGGAGAAAACCUGCUCUACAGAGUAGUUCAGUGUGUAAUCAGUCCAGUGGUCUGGAGGCUCUGGGUUUGGCUGACAUCCGGAUCCUGGUGCGUCUAAUGUGUCUGGCCGCUGGGGGGCGUGUCCAAACAGGAAUGGACCAACAGGGAAUGGGGCGUGGCUCUGCGAGUGACCGCCCAGGCUCCGCCUUUCUGUCCUUCCUCAGCUCAGCCAUUGGCAGUUUAGUGUCGCACAGUCCUGCUGCCUACCGAGAGUUGGUGGACAUCUGCACACAGGAUCUCAUGGCAGCAGCUACUGGCAUGAACAUCAGUGCUAUUGCUGAUCCACAGCAGAGGACGAGACAAGGCUCUGCCCUGAAGGGGAUGGUGUUACAGGAGCCAAGAGAACUGACCCCUCCCACAUUCCUGGUCACACAGAGCCUGGUGUCGCUCCUGACGGAAAAAGGCAUUCGUUACCGUUACAACUUGGAGAGAAGCGAAUCCGUGGAAUCAAAGGAUGGAGGAAGUCCCCCACCCUCAGGUCCUUCUCUGUCUCAGGCGGGGGUUCGGGUCGGUCCUCUGGAGCUGGCUAAUGCGCUUGCGGCCUGUGUGCUGUCAGCCAGACUGACCUCCAGACACCGUCAGUGGGCAGCACAGCAGCUGGUGCAGGCGCUGGCCAUCUCUGAGAAAGAAAACACAGCCAGACCACAGACCUACAGCGACAUGGCCGGAGAUCUGCGCAAGUGCCCUGUCAGGAAGCUGGAAGGACAUCAGAACAGGGUGAGCAGCUGCAGCUGGAAUGCAGAACAGGGUCUGUUGGCCAGCGGCUCUCAGGACGGCACCGUUCGGCUCUGGAACAUAACACCAAACUCAGCAGAACUGCAGCACACACACACCUGCAGUAUCAGUGAAGACGCUCAGAGCUCUGAUGCUUCGAUGGGGUCUCAUCUGCUGUCUGCUGUUUCGUGGAGCGCAGGGGGGACUUUACUGGCCGCCUUCCAGAACAAACUGAUCAACAUCUGGACCGUCAAUGGUACUCAGGCACAUAUAGAGGCUCAGUCGUCCUGGAUUACUGCGCUCUCAUGGGUCCAAACGUCCACACCGUUCCUCAUCCAGGAAGCCAGCAGUCAGCUCAACCCUCCAGAGAGUCUGCUGGUGGGUCGAUUGGACGGCUCUCUCUGCUGGCUGGAGGUCACUGAAGACCUGAGGGUGGACCGGACGGAGCUUAUGCACUGCCACAGAAAGGAGGCACCUCAAUGUCUGGCCUGGUACAGUAUUGAGAAACCUUUCGCCGUGGGUUAUCCUGAUGGUAAAAUACUGCUGGGAACAGCCGAGAGCUACGAAACUGAGCCGCCAAUUCUGCUGACAGCAUUUCCAGAGAGUGUGAGUGCUCUCAGAUGGGAUCCUACAGGUCAUCUUCUGCUGUCUGUCGGCCGCUCAGAGGUGGUGAAGAUCUGGGGUCGAGCCGGCGGCGCUUGGGUCACCCUUCACUCUCUAUUCCACACGGGCACCGUCAACACAGCCGAAUGGUGCCCUCUGCCCGGUAGAGGAGCGGACCCUCGGCUCAUGAUGGCAGUAGGAUGUCAAAAUGGCCUCCUGUAUGUGUGGACUGUUCCUCAAGGGGGCGCCAAUGUCUCAGUGCCCAAUUUCCUCACUCCGUCCACCAGCCAAGACAAGAGCAGUGCAAUCAAGCGGGGCACUGCUAAGUGCAUGUUCAGACUGAGUGGACACAUUACCGCGGUAAAAACGCUGUCAUUUUGCCCCAGUGGUCUUGCUUUGGUGUCUGGGGGAAUCGGAGGACUGCUUAACAUCUGGUCUCUAAGAGAUGGUUCAGUCCUGCAGACUGUGGUUACAGGAAUGGGCUCUGUGGUUUGUACCACUUGGAUUCCCCAUAUAGGGGUGACUGCUUGUUCUGGAAGAUCAAAGGAUGUCUUGCUAAUUCGCUGUACCUCAGACUGGAUCUCUCAGAAUCACAUUCUGGCCUCCUGCCGUUCGGUUCUGCGCAGUCAGGGCAUUCUGGGAUUGAAUCGUGCCCCCUGCAUGGCCGUUUUUCUCGAGCGCCUUCCCACACUGCUUCAGGAACAGUACAACUAUGAAAAGAGUCACGUGAUGGCGGGCGAUCAGUUGACCCACAGUGCUUUUCUUCAGAGUCUGUCCUCUCUGGCUAUGGGUCUGUUCUUGGAUCAGUUACUGUGUCGUCAGCCCAAACCCCCUCACCACAGCGGGAUGGGCCCGGUUCAGGAUGGGGCUCAUGGAUCCUUCUGUCCCUCAGAGUGGAACUGGCUAUCUACCUAUUCAACCACAGUAAAGAGCGCAGAGGCGUUCGCUCGUGGCACACCCUUCCCAGAAGCCUUCAUCGCACCUGAGUUUCAUCAUCCUGGAGCUGCUGAGUUCACCAAACCACUGGACAACAGUAAAUGGACCUUCAUGAUGGAUGAGCAGCUCAUGUCGUGGGCGACUAGCAGGCCUGAAGACUGGCAGCAGGGCGGUAAAAGUGAGGUGUACCUGUGGGGUAACGGCCGCCAUGGGCAGCUGGCGGAUGCUGGAACCAGUGCAUCUGUGCCCACACUGGCACCCUCACUCUCUCAGACACAACAGGUCGUGUGCGGUCAGAACUGCACGUUCCUGGUUCAGGCUAACGGGACGGUUCUAGCUGUUGGAGAGGGCAGUUAUGGGCGGCUUGGACAGGGUAAUUCAGAUGACCUGUACACCCCUACUAUCAUCUCAGCUUUACAAGGUUAUGUAGUGACGCAGCUGGUGACAUCAUACGGGUCAGACGGCCACUCACUGGCUCUCACUGAGACUGGAGAGGUGUUCAGCUGGGGCGACGGGGAUUAUGGGAAACUCGGCCAUGGCAACAGUGAAAGACAAAGACGACCCAAACAGAUCGAGGGUCUGCAGGGAGAGGAGGUGGUGCAGCUGGCGUGUGGCUUCAAACACUCGGCCGUCGUCACAGCGGAUGGAAAACUCUUCACUUUUGGCAGUGGAGACUCAGGGCGUUUGGGCCAGAGAUCCACUUCCAACAAGAUGAUCCCGGAGAGAGUCACAGCACUGGAUGGACAUCACAUUGGACAGAGCGCCUCAUUGGUCUACCCGAUGCCAUGCUGAAGAAUCACAACCGGCCACAAAUCAUUCCGGCUCUGGAGGGAGUGUUCAUUGAGGACAUCGCUGUGGGCUGUGAACACAUCCUGGCUUUGUCCAACACUGGAGACGUGUAUGCCUGGGGCUGCAACUGCGAGGCCCAGCUGGGUCUGGGCCACUCCAAUCCAGUCAAAGAGCCCAUUCUGGUCACAACUUUGCAGGGCAAGAACAUUAGGCAGAUUUCUGCUGGUCGCUGCCAUUCAUCAGCCUGGACCACACCGGCUCUGUCCACCAGAGCUUCAGGUUGUUCAGGGAUUCAGCUGGGUUUGCCCCAGUCUGUGCCUCCACAGUAUAACGCCCUUAAAGACUGCAGUCCUGAAGUCCUAAACACCCGUCUCCGAGUGCUCUACCACUUCUCUGAUCUCAUGUACAAGUCCUGGAGGCUUCUGAACCUUGAUCCUCGCAGCCAGGUCAGUACUUCUCGCUACAGCUCAGGAACGGCCGCCAUCGUACAGGGUCAACUCAGAGGCCUGCUGUCCCCGAAAGUCAACACCCUCCCUCUCGUUCGCACUAUCGGCAGAACCAUGACCCAGGGAAAGACCUAUGGCCCUCAGAUUACAGUCAAACGCAUCUCCACCAGGGGGCGCUCUAGCAAGCCCAUAUUCGUGCAGAUCGCCAAGCAGGUGGUGAACCUGAACCCCACAGAGCUGCGUCUGCCCUCUAGAGCAUGGAAGGUGAAGCUGGUCGGAGAAGGGGCCGAUGAUGCGGGUGGUGUGUUUGAUGACACCAUCACUGAGAUGUGCCAGGAGUUGCAGUCUGGUGUGGUCGACCUUCUUAUUCACACUCCUAAUAGCACCGCAGAUGUUGGUAGUAACACCGACAGAUUCUUGCUGAACCCAGGGGCCUUCUCGGAUGAUCACAUAGUGCAGUUCCGCUUCUUGGGGAUCCUAAUGGCAGUGGCCAUCCGAACCAAAAAGCCCUUGGACCUGCACCUGGCGCCGUGGGUCUGGAAGCAGAUGUGCUGUAUUCCUCUGGGAGCCGCUGACCUGGAGGAGGUGGAUCUGCUCACGUACCGCUCUCUUCAGGGCAUCUUACACCUGGACAGCAGCGUGAUCAAUGAAGAAAACUUCACAGUGAUGAUCCCUCUGGACUCGUUUGUGGCUCACAGCGCUGACGGUACACUGGUUCCAGUGAUUCCUGGUGGGCACAACCUGCCUCUCACUUUCUCCAACAGGAAUGAUUAUGUGGAGAGAGCUCUGCAUUACAGACUGCAUGAGAUGGACAGACAGGUUUCAGCAGUGCGGGAGGGCAUGUCCUCCAUCAUCCCAGUUCCUCUGCUGUCCCUCCUCACGGCUCGACAGCUGGAACAGCUGGUUUGUGGCCUGCCUGAGGUCUCGGUGGAGAUGCUGAAGAAGGUGGUCCGAUACCGGGACAUCACCGACAGUCACCAGCUCAUUGGCUGGCUGUGGCAGAGCCUGGAGGAAUUCACCAAUGAGGAGAGAGUCCUGUUCCUGCGCUUCGUCUCCGGACGCUCCAGACUGCCUUCCAAUCCAGCAGACAUAACUCAGAAGUUUCAGAUCAUUAAAGUUGAUCGGCCUGUGAACGGUCUUCCUACAGCUCAGACGUGCUUCUUCCAGCUCCGCCUUCCUCCCUACACAAGCCAGGCCAUUCUAGCCGAACGCCUGCGCUACUCCAUACACAACUGUCCCUCCAUUGACAUGGACAACUACAUGCUGUCACGCAACACUGACCCGGCGGACGCCUCUGACACUGAAUACUGACCCGCAAAAAAAAACAAAGCACAAAAUAACAAACUCAUACAAGCCUGCAGUUGUACUUCCUUCUCACACUUGCAAUACAAUUCUCAGUCGCAAAAGCCUCAUUUGUAUUCUCUGCAGUACCCAGAAUGCACUGCAGGCGUCAGUUCUUCCACCAGGUCAAAGGGAGAUUAUUUAAGGAAUUAAGGUGUUUAUUCAAUUUUGUGUCAUAUUCAUGUUUCUGAAUGUUCCUCAAACUCUAUAGUACACCAUUACAAGCUCUGUGCCUGGAAUGGUCGCGCGGUUUCUCUUGGCGUUAGCGACAGAAAGUGGGGUCGGUUUAUAGGUGAGCACUCGGCAGCUAGCUUUCUGCCCCGGUUUAUGCCAAAGGCUUUUAAACUACUGUACUGUACAUGAUACCUUCCGACUCGGUGGGGGGAAAAAACAACAACAAAACAAAGAAAGUACUGUGCGCCUGAGAGAUUUGAGCCUCAGAGCAAUCGACGUUAGGCUGCUGGGCGUUUGUAUCAAGCUAGCUGGUAUCUUACAUGAAUGUAUACUUGCAAAUGCCAUGCACGUGUGCACUCAAACCUACUUUUGUUUGCCAAAUAACUGUACACUAAAUAGGGUUUAAAGGGUUGGAUUUGCUAAAAUGAAAAACUCUUUCAUUUACUUACAUCAGGGGUGUCCAAACUCUGUCCUGGAGGGCUGGAGUCCUGCAUAGUUUAGCUCUAACUUGCACCAACACACCUGCCUGGAAGUCUAGUAUACCUAGAAAGAGCUUGAUUAGGUGGUUCAGGUGUGUUUAAUUAGGGUUGGAACUAAAAUAUGCUGGACACCGGCUCUCCAGGACCGAGUUUGGACACCACUGACUUACAUUAAUGUUGUUCCAAACAUAAGUUGUUCACUUUAUGAACAGAAAUGAAGACUUUUGUAAUAAAAUCUAAGAGAUUUCUGACCCUCUAUUGUAAAGUCCUGAAUUCCUGAUGCUUCAGAAAACUUGUUUUGAAGAGAGAAUUUUGUUUAGGCUCUUUUUCAUGUAUAAAUAUUGACCAAUGAGCAAUGUUUACAUUCAGAUUUGUUCACAGAAGCUCAGUCAUGCUUGCUUGAUGUAGAACCAAUGAGAUUUAUUCUCAUGCAUCACAUGGCACAUUAGACGUUUGUUUUUGUGCAAUUUAAGCUUGUUAAUCCAAAAGUAUUAUUAUUUUUCAUUAUAUAAAAGCAUCUAUGUCAUAUUCAUAUGGAUUUUGAAGUGUUUGAUUUUAGUGAACUCAUGGAAAUCUCUCAAGUUUGAUUCAAAAACAUCUUUCUUAUGUAUUUGGAGCAUCAUGAUGGUGAUUAAAUGACAGAAUUUUCAUUUUUGGCUAACCCAUCAUUGAAUUUUAGCCUUUUUUGCAACUGUGAAGCAGCGUGUGGAGACGUGUGGUGAUUUUUGUGUUUGCGCAUUCUCACAGAGCGGGAGUGCUGGUUUGUUUUGCUAUGCUGAUCGAUCAUCAGUGUUAUUACGUGUUUUUCGGGCUUGUAUGCCUCAGUGCUGGAUGUAAAACAUGUUUGGACUGUUUUUACUCACACGACGAACGUGUGUUUGACAGAGGAGAGAGUCCUCUUUACUCUAGAAGCUUUGAUGACUUCUGUAUGCAGUGGUUUACAUUAUUGCUAAAUUAUUGUUCUUUUUUUUGUCCUGAAAAUAUUUAUCUGAGUGAGCUUUUUGUGUCGGAAAAGAGAAGGAUGAGGACUAAUGUGGCUGUUGCGCUGUUUUGCACUUUAGACCUGUAUGCAUUGCGCUUUAGCAUAAGAGGAAAAUCUUAUUCACUAUAAUAUUUACAGAUUUCAGACUCUUUAUCUAGAGAUUCUCUUAACCCGAGCCACUACUGAUAUACAGUAAAUAAUUGUUUUUGUUGAAAUGUUGAAUCUCGACAAUGAAAGAAUUCAAGGUUGAUCCAUUAGGCUACGAUAUGGUGGUAUUUCACGAUCCUCAAAUUACAAAUUAAGCCAUAAAACAAGAAAAUCUCCAUAAACUGUAUGAUAUCUCUGGGCGAUGGCCUCUCAGAUGGAAGAUGCACUGUACUGUAAAUUAAAUUUUGUGUAUAGAC